AUGUCUCCAUCAGCACUCACAAACAUCGACGGUGUUGACAUUGUCAAUAUACAUCAAGAUGAUGAUAUGGACUUUUCUCUCGUCGAUGAGCUUUAUAAGAAUCUGAGUCCUCCCGAGGGCAGACCACCCUCAUUUCCCACCCUUCUGCUAUAUGACACCAAAGGACUCAAGUUGUUCGAGAAGAUCACUUAUCUGGACGAAUAUUACCUCACCAACGCUGAGAUUGAACUCUUGACUACACAUGCAAAGAGAAUGGUGGAACGGAUUCCGGAAAAUGCACAACUGGUCGAACUUGGCAGUGGAAAUCUGAGGAAAAUCGAGAUCCUUCUACGUGAAUGCGAGCGAACAGAAAAGCGCGUGGACUACUACGCGUUGGACCUGUCCCUGGCGGAACUACAACGAACAUUCUCCGAGAUCUCGCCGGAGACCUUCAAAUAUGUUGGAUUUCAUGGGCUCCACGGUACCUAUGACGAUGCUCAUGACUGGCUGCAGAAGCCAGAAAAUCGCACCAGGCCAACGAUUGUGCUUUCGAUGGGAUCUUCCAUCGGAAACUUCACCCGCUCCGAAGCAGCAGGUUUUCUUGGUGGUUUCUCCAGGCUCCUCGGGCCAUCAGAUUUCCUUCUGAUUGGACUGGAUGCUUGCAAAGAACCUGAAAGGGUUUACAGCGCUUAUAAUGAUUCUCAGGGAAUCACUCGCGCAUUCUAUGAAAAUGGAUUGCGUCACGCAAACACUGUACUAGGCUUUGAAGCUUUCCGGCAUGAGGACUGGGAAGUGGUGACUAACUAUGACGCCAAAAAUGGCUGCCAUCAAGCUUUUUAUUCCCCAAAAGUUGAUGUCACGAUCAAUGACAUUUUAAUUCGGAAAGGAGAGAAGCUGAAGUUCGAAGAUGCCUACAAAUAUAGCAGAGAGGAGCGGGAUGAACUCUGUCGUAGUGCGGGGUUAAUCCCCCAGAUGGAAUUUGGAAAUUCCGAGGACAACUACCAUAUUCAUUUCCUCUCACCAGCAGCUAUUGAUGUCCCAACUCGGCCUUCUCAAUAUGCAGCACGACCUAUUCCGACAUUGAAAGAUUUCCAAUCGCUGUGGACUGCAUGGGAUACCGUGACAAAGACCAUGAUUCCUCGGGCAGAUCUUCUCUCCAAGCCAAUCAAGCUCCGAAAUGAAUUGAUCUUUUAUCUUGGUCAUAUACCGACAUUUUCAGAUAUCCAUCUAACCCGCGCAACACGGGGAAAACCUACUGAUCCUAAAUAUUACCAAAAAAUAUUCGAGCGAGGAGUUGACCCCGAUGUUGACGACCCCGAACAGUGUCAUUCCCACAGCGAAACUCCCGAUUCGUGGCCUGCCUUGGAUGAGAUCUUGGACUACCAGGUGCGAGUUAGAAGCAGGGUGCGAUCGCUCCUUGAGGAUAGCAAGACCUUAGAAGAUAGAUGCCUGGGCGAGGCUCUGUGGAUCGGUUUCGAGCAUGAGGCCAUGCAUCUGGAAACAUUCCUUUACAUGCUGCUGCAGAGUGAGAAAGCGCUACCGCCCUCUGGUAUUGACACUCCCGACUUCGGUCGGAUGGCUCAAGACGCAAAAAGCAAUGCUAAACCAAAUCAAUGGUUCCGCAUCCCCAAACAAACCAUGACAAUCGGCCUUGAGGACUCGGACAAAGAUAACAUGCCCAGAGAUUCCUUUGGCUGGGAUAACGAAAAGCCCCAGAAGAAACUUACUGUUCACUCUUUCGAGGCACUUGCCCGACCGAUCACAAAUGGUGAAUAUGCGAAGUUUCUGCAAGCCAAUCGAUCCCGAGCAAUUCCGGCGUCUUGGUUGCUUGUUCACCCGGAUCAAGCGUAUCCGAUUGCCAAGGGAAUCAGCCGAUCAAGCCCUGGGGCCACCGAGGAGUAUUUGAAUAAUUUUUCAGUCCGAACUGUCUUGGGCUCUGUUCCUUUGGAACUUGCACAUGAUUGGCCCGUCAUUGCUUCUUACGACGAGCUGGCGAGUUAUGCUAAAUGGGUGGAGUGUCGAAUCCCCACGUUCGAAGAGGUCAAGAGCAUUUAUCAGUAUUCGGAACGACUCAAGGAGAGUACUGCAGAUCAAACAUCGAAUGGGCAUGGAAAUGGAACCAAUGCGGUCAACGGAACCCUGACGACACCCGUGUUUCGUGAUCUCACAGAUUGCAACGUGGGCUUCAAGAACUGGCAUCCAACUCCUGUCACCCCAAACGGCGACCAGCUAGCUGGUCAAGGUGAAUUUGGUGGAGUCUGGGAGUGGACUAGUUCGCCUUUAUUGGCUGACGAAGGCUUCGAGGCCAUGGAAAUUUACCCGGGUUAUACCUCCGACUUCUUUGAUGGGAAACAUAAUAUCGUUCUUGGUGGCUCCUGGGCGACGCUGCCUCGGAUUGCUGGCCGAUCUACAUUCGUUAAUUGGUACCAACACAACUACGUUUAUGCCUGGGCUGGAGCACGCUUGGUGAGGGAUCUGGCGCAAUAA